AUGCGUUUCAUUGACACCGCCACCUUGGCUCUGGCCGCCGGGUCAACCGCCUCAGCAAGCGUCUUGAAGCCCCGCGCUGCCGCCGUCGACCAGCUCGUUGGUUAUGGAGCAGGAACCACCGGAGGGGGGUCUGGCUCUGGCACUACCGUCACCACUUGCGCUGCACUGACCGCAGCUGCAAAGAACGGUGGUGUCAUCAAGGUCUCUGGAACCCUCGAUGGCUGUGGCAUCGUCAAAUUGGUCGCCAAUACCUCCCUUCUCGGGGUCGGAUCCAGUGCUUCUAUCACCAACGGCGGCUUGCAGAUCCGUAAGGUUUCCAACGUCAUUGUCAGGAACAUCAAGUUCCAUCUUGCUCCUGAAGGCAAGGACCAGAUCGACAUUGAUGCAAGCACCAAUAUCUGGGUCGACCACAAUGACUUCUCGAGUGCGGGUCUCACUGGAGACAAGGACACGUACGAUGGAUUGUUGGAUGCUAAGCAUGGCGCCGACUCUAUCACCGUCUCCUGGAACAAGUUCCACGACCACUGGAAGGGCUCGCUCGUUGGCCACUCCGACAGCAACGCCGCCGAAGACACCGGUAAGCUCCACGUCACCUACCACCACAACCUCUUCCAGCAAGUGAGCUCGCGCCUGCCGUCGAUCCGCUUUGGAACCGGCCACAUCUACAGCAGUUGCUACAUCGAUAACCCAACCUCCGGCGUGCACUCCCGCAUGGGCGCUCAGGUCCUCGUCGAGCAGAGCUCUUUCACCGACACCAAGCGCGCUAUCAUCACCAACCUUGACUCUGACGAGGAUGGCUACGCUGUUCAGAAGAACAACAUCUUCACCAACAGUGACAUCAGCAUUACGCAGGCGGGUAGCUUGACAAUUCCUUACUCUUACACUACGGAUGCUGCGAGCGGUGUAUGUGCGAUUGUAAACCAGAGCGCUGGUGUUGGUGUUGUUACGUUCUAA